UUCUGCUUCAAUGCCCAUUAGGCAGAGCCGCUGUAAUCAGUGUCUGGGUAACCUGUUGAUUGCUGAGGUUCCAUGCCUGCACCACUCGGCAACUUUUGCAUCUCAGAAAACCAGUAUAGGUCCAGAACUCAGACACCGCUUGAUUGAAGCAUUUUUUUACUAAUCUAGCCUUGCUGAAGAUGGAAAUUAUACUUAAAAGAACAAUAAUAAUAAAUCAGUGGAUUAAGCGCAACAAAUAAUUUUGGACAUCAAUCAGUGAUCAUGAUAGACAUGUGAUUUAAACAAACGCAAGGAUACUACAAACUGACAUGUUAAUGACAUGUUUUUUAAUAUAUAUUAGUCGGGUCACUACAUUUAACAAAACAUGCUUGUAUAUGAUAUUAUGUUGCUUUCACUGGGGAAAGGACGCUGUGUGACACUCAUCUAUAACGGUCUGUAUUGCCAUGGAUAAGACUUAUUAUGGCCUAUGUAAAACAACAGUGACAUGAGCGAUUGUCAUGUUCCGUGUUGGAAAGGGCUAAGACAAUUCAAACCGAGGUUCUGUUCACGAUGAAAUUCUUGUGCAUGGUAUGUUUAGUCGCUGGAUUUUGGGGAAUUUCUUCAGCAAACAGAAACUGUCCUGACCUAAUCAUUGACAGUUGCCGCUGCACAGCCGAGCGCUCCAAAGUCAAAGGGUUUGGGAGACAAACUAUUCGCAUCAAAGUUGUUUGUAACACCGGAGAGUUACUGGAAACUUUACAGCCCAGCUUUUUGCCCAACAAGACAGUUUCUCUAAUUCUCAGUAAUAACAAAAUCUCACUGCUGAAGAACGGCUCAUUCUUUGGUCUGCGGUCCCUGGAGAGACUAGAUUUGAAGAAUAAUUUAAUUAGUACCAUUGAGCCUGGGGCUUUUCGUGGACUUUCAGAACUAAAGAGGCUGGACCUGUCCAAUAACAGGAUUGGCUGUUUAUCUCCUGAAAUGUUCGGAGACCUCAGCAAUCUAUUCAAACUGAAUUUAUCAGAGAAUAUUUUUUCAACUCUGUCUCAAGGGCUCUUCAUCGAACUGGUGUCACUUAAAGUCUUGCAUUUUAGCACAGAAUCACUCUUCUGUGACUGUAACCUAAAAUGGUUAUUAGACUGGGCCAGAAACAACGCCAUCCAGAUUGGAAAUGAAACCCUGUGUGUUUACCCGAGCACUUUGCAUGGACUAGAACUCCGCAGUUUGAAGGAACAACAGCUAAAAUGUGUGGGACCCCUGGAGCUGCCUUUAUUUCAGAUGAUACCAUCCUACAGACAGGUGGUCUUUCUAGGGGAUCGCUUGCCUUUUCAAUGCACUGCCACUUACAUCGACAACACCACCAAGGUCCAGUGGUACCAUGAUGGUAACUUAAUAGAAACCGAGGAAGACAAAGGCGUCUUUGUAGAAGAAAACAUCGUCCAUGACUGUUGUUUAGUUUCAAGUGAGCUGAUCCUGUCCAACAUUGAUGUCGCCUCUUCAGGAGAUUGGGAGUGCCUGGUCGCCAGCUCCCGUGGGAACAUCUCCAAGCGUGUGGAGAUUGUGGUCUUGGAAACGUCAGCGUCGUACUGCUCUGCAGAGUGGAUCACUAACAAUAAAGGGGAAUUCAGGUGGCCAAAGACAUUAGCUGGAAUAAAUGCAUCCCUACCCUGUAUGCAGUAUCCAUUUGGCUCUGGUUUAUAUCAUGGCACUCUGAAGGAGAGGAGAUCUUGGCGUAGGUGUGACAGGGCUGGACACUGGGCAGAGGAAGAUUAUUCAGAAUGCCCAUAUUCCAUCGAAGUAACUCGUGUGCUUCAUUCGUUCAAUCAGGUGUCGAUCAAUGCCACCAAUGCUCUUGGUUUUGCACAGCAGCUGAUAGGCUGCACGAGCGGAGCAGCACACUUCGAAGACAUGAUGGAUGUGAUUUUUGUGGCACAGAUGAUGGAGAAACUGAUGUUCUUUGUGGAUCAAAUCAAAGAUCUAGGCGACUACAUAGCUGAUAUCGCCAGUAAUAUGAUGCUGGUGGAUGAACACAUACUGUGGAUGGCACAGAAUGAAGAAAGGGCCUGCACUCGCAUUGUGCAGUGUGUGGAACACAUUGCAGAGUUGGCUUUGACCAUCAAUACUCAAGUCAUCUCAAAGGUUUCUCUUAAUAUAGCUCUGGAAGCCUUUGUGAUCAAACCAGCGAGCUUCACAGGAAUGACGUGCACUGCCUUCCAGAAAGUGGCUCUGAAUUCAGACAGAGCAGUGAUCCGUGACGUGGGUAUGCAGGAUUGGGAGGCAGAUACGCAGCUGAAUUUCAAAUGCAACACGGGCAACCUGAGCAGCUCUCUGGUGAAUUUCCCAGUCAAGAAUACCGUGGCAGUUGCUUCUAUCCAGUUACCACCGAGUGUUACACCUAGCUCGCCGGCAUUGCAAUCUGUUGAUAACUACACUUGCAAGCUCCAGUUUAUUGUCUUUCGAAAUGGGAAACUCUUUCCUAGCACAGGAAAUUCAUCAAAUCUUGCAGAUGACGGAAAACGUAGGAGUGUUUCCACACCAGUUGCUUUCUCCAAAUUAGAUGGGUGCAGCUUCGGGAACCUCUCACAGCCCAUUACUGUUGCUCUUAGGCACUUCACACAGGGUGUAGACCUUACAGCAGCCCAUUGGGAUUUUGAUCUUCUAGAUGGACACGGAGGCUGGAGGGCAGAAGGGUGCCACAUAACUGUCUCUGCGGGCAAUAUCAGCACUAUUCAUUGCACACACAACAAUAAUUUUGCCGUGCUAAUGGAUUUAAAGACAGUGCUGUCCUUCCCACCAUACCCAGGGGAAUUCCUCCACCCUGUUGUGUAUGCAUGCACGGCCGUCAUGUUACUGUGCCUGUUCGCUUCUAUUAUUACCUACAUCGUGCACCACAGCACAAUCCGCAUCAGUAGAAAGGGCUGGCACAUGCUUCUCAACUUCUGUUUCCACACUGCCCUUACCUUUGCCGUGUUUGCUGGAGGCAUCAACCGUAUAAAAUACCCCAUCAUCUGCCAAGCAGUUGGCGUAGUCUUGCAUUAUUCAACCCUUUCUACUAUGCUUUGGCUUGGAGUUACAGCAAGGAAUAUUUAUAAACAAGUAACAAAGAAACCCCUACAGUUGUCGGAUGGAGACCAACCUCCUCAACCCAAGCAGUCAAUGCUAAGGUUUUAUUUAGUUAGUGGGGGGAUCCCUUUUCUUAUAUGUGGGAUCACAGCAGCUAUCAACAUCAACAAUUAUGGGAGUGGAGAGGAUGCCUUAUACUGCUGGAUGGCAUGGGAGCCAAGCCUUGGUGCAUUUUACGGUCCAGUGGCGUUCAUUGUGCUUGUUACUUGCCUCUACUUCCUCUGCACAUUUAUCCAACUGAAGCGUCACCCUGAACGGAAAUAUGAACUGAAAGAAAUGACAGAGGAGCAGCAGAGAUUAGCCAGUACUGAAGUAGGCCAUUGUCACAUGACAGCUUCAGGGUCAUUGUCACAGGCCACUUGCUCAAUGAUUUCUGCAUCAAUGUUGGAAAACGAGCAUUCAUUUAAAGCCCAGCUUCGAUCUGCAGCUUUUACCUUGUUCUUAUUUCUGGCCACAUGGACGUUUGGGGCUCUUGCAGUCUCUCAGGGUCAUUUCUUGGACAUGAUUUUUAGCUGUUUAUACGGGGCUUUCUCAGUAACAUUAGGACUUUUCAUUUUGAUCCAUCACUGUGCAAAGAGAGAUGACGUUUGGCAUUGUUGGUGGUCUUGUUGCCCAUCAAGACGAAACACUUACUCCACGCAGGGCAACGCCCGCCCAAAAGCAAAUGUUAAUGGAGAAACACAGGUCCAUUCGCAUUGUGUCCUGGAUUCUCCUUGUCCUGGUAAGGCAGUAACAGGCUUUAACCAUUCAACCUCCGGACACUGUAAAUUAACUAACCUUCAGGCUGUCCAAAACCAUGUCAGUUGCCUUUCCCCCAUCACACCGUGCUGUGCCAGCAUGCACAGCAAACAUCUCCUCGAUGAUGAGCCUCACAUUCAUGUACAUUCAGAGGAAAGCUUCAGACCCAGUAUGCACAUUCACAGAUGUCUGAAAAGCAGAACUAAACCAAGGCACUUUACUCAACACAGGACUGCAGGAGACCGGGAGUAUGCUUAUCAUAUUCCUUCCAGUAUCGAUGGGAGCAUACACAGCUCACAUACAGACAGCCCACACAGCACACAUGAUGGGCAUACGUGCCACAGGCGGGCAUGCUGUCUAAAAGGUGAACUGUUCCCUACAACAAGCCAGCCAGAAAGCAGUGAUGCCAGCACUGUUGUGUGUGGGUGCAGUAAAAUGCCCGAUGAUGACACUGUGCACCAUGCAGCUCAUUUAGAGAUGCAUCCACGGAGACAAUCCUCUCCUCAAAACCCACCCAACCAGAAUGGAAUACUAAAGGGAAGCUUGCACGAAGGGCUCAUCUACAGUUCGGAUAGUACAGGAAACAUAAGAACUGGCCCAUGGAAAAAUGAAACUACUGUGUAGUUCAUGGACUUCAGUUAUACGCUACCUGCCACCACCUUUGAAAUAACUCAGCAGUCAGUACAUGUACAUUUUUAUAUUGCUUUUGCAUCUGUUUACAUGUUUUUAUUGUACAAAUAUUCCACAUUGUAUCUUUGUCUAACCCAGCGGUUUCCAAACUUUUUGAGCAGAAGUUCACCUUUUCCUAUAAAUGUAGGUUUGAGGAGAAUAACCACGCUAAAGUCGCUGCACUUCUUCAUUGUUUUAGAAACCGAAAGGCGCCACAGCUAGCGGAUGUUAUAUAAAUGUUGUUCUGAUAAUUUUUUUUUUUUUGGUUCCUGGGUAGUAAGUGUUAUUUCCUAAUUGCUUAUGCCUCAAAAGUAUAGAAAAUGGCUAUUAUUCCCCUCAAACUUUGCUUUUGUGACCAGGACAGUGAUAUUUUGAAAUUUACCUAUUUUCCAGAACAUUCCAGAUAGAUUCAGUGCUGAGUAAACUUGGAGUAACUUCUAGAACUUUCCAGUAAUCUAAAUAGUAGUAUAAAUACAGGGGCCUUAAGCCCACCAGUUCAGUUUAGUUCCAGCUGCCUAAGUGGAUACAUAUCUGCAUUUUUCUGAGAUGGCAUCAAGGUCAUAGGAGACUUCAAAAUGGUGGCAUUCCUGAUGGGUCUCCAAGGCGGUUUUACCAAGUUUCCCUGCUAUCUUUGCCUUUGGGACAGCAGGGACACCAAGGCGCACUACCACAGGCGGGACUGGCCAUAGCGGACCGAGUUCUCUGUGGGGAGGAACAACGUCAAGUGGGAGCCACUGGUGGACCCCCGGAAGGUGCUGAUGCCACCACUGCACAUCAAAUUGGGCCUUAUGAAAGAAUUUGUUAGAGCUCUAGAUAAGGAGUCAGCAGCCUUCAAGUAUCUUCAAGACUUCUUCCCUAAGCUGUCUGAGGCAAAGGUCAAAGCCGGUGUCUUCGUCGGACCACAGAUAAAGAAGAUCCUGGAGUGCAAUGAAUUCCCCAAGGAGCUCACUAGUAAGGAGAAAGCGGCUUGGAACAGCUUUGUCGCAGUGGUUCGGGGCUUCCUGGGCAAUCACAAGGCCGAAAACUAUGUGGAGCUGGUUGAGACUCUGGUGAAGAACUACGGCACAAUGGGCUGUAGGACAUCCCUCAAAGUCCAUAUCCUUGAUGCUCAUCUUGAUAAAUUCAAGGAGAACAUGGGAGUGUACUCGGAGGAGCAAGGUGAGCGCUUCCACCAGGAUAUACUGGACUUUGAACGCCGCUACCAAGGACAGUAUAACGAGAACAUGAUGGGAGACUACAUUUGGGGGCUGAUUCGUGAAAGUGAUUUACAGUAUAAUCGUAAAUCUCGAAAAACUACUCACUUCUAAAUCUUUUGUAGUCAGUUUUGUAUUACUUUAGUAUAAAUACAUGUUAAUUUGGAUUCAUAUGUUGUUUUUUUCUGACUUUAUGUUAACGAAAAGACACAAAUUCGCCCGUUUUCUCAUUAGAAAUAGGUAAAUUUCACAAAAGCAAAGUUUGUGGGGAGUAAUAGCCAUUUUCUAUACUUUUGAGGCAUAAGCAAUUAGGAAAUAACACUUACUACCCAGGAACAAAAAUUGUGUUACAUAGUGUAAUUACAUGAUAUUGUAAAUAUGUUGUUAAUAUUGUAAAAAAAUAACAUACACACUUUUGAACCCCCCCCCCCCCCCCCCGUUUGAAAACCGCUGGUCUAAUUUCCAGUAUACUUUAACCCUUUACUGGAAGAAUGACAAAUGGCACAUAAGGUAAGAAUACAUUUAAAAUAAGGUCACAUUAUUUUUAUAAAAAUGAGCUAUAAUAAGAAGCUAUUUAAACAGGCAGUGUUCUCAGAGUGGCAGUGUCAAAUAAUCCUAUCAUUAUAUAUUACACAUUUACAUAUUGCACACACCAGCAUUUUAUCUAUAUAAGGUCAUAUAUAAAGUACUGUGAAACAUGAUAAAGGAAAAAAAAGAAGAGUUUAGUAAUAAUAAUGAUUCAUAGGCUUUUACAGUAUAGGUUUUUCAUAGCGGUCAGUUAUAUGUACAGAAAGAAACCCUGCCUCUGUAUGCUGCUUAGCAUGUAAAAGAUUACAUUAGGUAUUCAGUCUGUGUAACAUGUCACUAUCCUGUUGAAAACAAGUAUUAAAUAACAUUGCAUUGUCACCGUUAAAUCUGUGAUGCUUUAAUGGUUGUAUCUUGCAUGGCACAAGUCAGGGUAUACCAUUCGCUGUGUUCUAGUGUUCCAUGUGAAAAAUGGCAGCAUUGUGAAAAAAUAACGAACUACACUAUCUAACGUGGUACUACAUGUGUGUAAAAUCAAUAUAAAAGCUCUAUUUGAGGUCAGCGCUAACAGUUGUUCAUUUUCUUAUACAGCGCAUGCAGUGCUUGUUGUGCAGUAUGUGACUUUGUGCAGUGUUUUUAGCAGUAGCUUCCAGUAAAUGCGUUCCACGUGAGUUGAGUCACUCUAUACUUGCCGAGUACCUGUACUAUUUUGAAAGGAACAACGUUCUUUCAGUAUUUUGUUUGGCUUCAAUCGUUUCAGUAUUUUAAAGUUUUUUUUUUUUUUUUUUUUUUUUUUUGUUUAAGCCAUUCCGUUGAAUAUGAAAAGAUGACUUUUAAAAUGAAUUGUCACAGUUGUUUACACUUUCUGCAUGGAUGUUAAUUGUGUCUACUGUGUUCGGAAAUAAAAGCUAUAGAUUAGAAAAGAUUCAGCUGUCAUAUUUGCAUGGUCAGGAAGAGGUAAUUAUUUAUGACUGAAUGAGGAAAGAAACCAUGCUAGGGGAGGUAAAAGUAUUAUGUUGUCCCAUUAAUUUGAUUUAGCAUGAUAAUGAAAAUGUUCCUAUAUCAUGUAGAUAUAAUCAGUUUUAAUAAAUACAUUUUUGUAUAAACAUGUUAGAUAUAUUAUUUAAUUUGAAAAAAAUGUAAAACACAAAUGUCAUAUAAUAGAAUUAGACCCAAAGGGUUAUGCUCAGUAUCUGAGUAAAAAGCAUUUUUUUUUUCCUUGUAGAUUUGUUAAAUCUUGACAUACAUUGUAAAAUGUCCCAUUACACAUUGUAUGCAUUCUUCUCUGUUUUUCCCAUGGUUACAAAUAUAUAAAGCCUGCUUACAGAUGCCAA